UGGCCCGGGGCAGCGACGCCGGGACAGCAGCGCGGGGACACGGCUGUCACCGCGGCCCUUCCCUUUCACCCGCGCGAGUAGCUCGGGCUGUGGGCAGAGCCCGAGAGCAGGCAGCCCGACAUCGUGUGGGCGCCGAGGUGACGCGCCGGGGGCCGAGCUCCUGUCAUGACCAGGAGCGUUCGUCCUUAGGACUGCCAACCCGACUCCCAGAAAUCAUGUUGGUAGGGUCCCAGUCCUUCCCGCCUGGAGGGCCCAAUGGGAUCAUCAGAAGCCAGUCCUUCGCGGGGUUCAGCGGCCUUCAGGAGAGACGAUCCAGGUGUAACUCCUUCAUUGAAAAUUCCUCAGCUCUCAAGAAGCCCCAGGCCAAACUGAAGAAAAUGCACAACUUAGGACACAAAAACAACAACCCUCCCAAAGAGCCGCAGCCUAAGAGGGUGGAGGAGGUCUACAGGGCCCUGAAAAAGGGACUCGAUGAGUAUCUGGACGUUCACCAGACAGAGCUGGACAAGCUGACAACUCAGCUAAGAGACAUGAAAAGAAACUCACGCCUGGGUGUGCUGUAUGACUUAGACAAGCAAAUCAAAACGAUCGAGAGAUACAUGAGGCGCCUGGAGUUUCACAUUAGUAAGGUGGACGAGCUGUAUGAAGCCUACUGCAUCCAGCGCCGCCUCCAAGACGGGGCCAGCAAGAUGAAGCAGGCCUUUGCAGCGUCCCCGGCCAGCAAGGCCGCCCGGGAGAGUCUGUCCGAGAUCCAUCGGAGCUACAAAGAGUACACGGAGAAUAUGUGCGCCAUCGAAGCGGAGUUGGAGGGUUUGCUGGGGGAGUUCUCCAUCAGGAUGAAAGGUCUGGCUGGCUUUGCACGUCUCUGCCCUGGAGACCAGUACGAAAUCUUCAUGAAGUACGGCCGGCAGAGGUGGAAGCUGAAGGGCAAGAUAGAGGUCAACGGCAAGCAGAGCUGGGACGGGGAGGAGACCGUCUUCCUGCCGCUGGUCGUGGGGUUCAUUUCCAUCAAGGUCACAGAGCUCAAAGGGCUGGCGACUCACCUCCUGGUAGGCAGCGUGACCUGUGAGACCAAAGAACUGUUUGCAGCCCGGCCGCAGGUGGUGGCUGUGGACAUCAAUGACCUUGGAACCAUCAAGCUGAACCUGGAAAUCACCUGGUAUCCCUUCGACGUGGAGGACACGACCCCAUCCUCGGGUGGCGCCGGGAACAAGACGGCAGCGCUCCAGAGGAGGAUGUCCAUGUACAGCCAGGGCACCCCGGAGACGCCCACCUUCAAAGACCACUCCUUCUUCGCGAAUCUACCCGAUGACAUCUUUGAAACUGGGAAGGCAACAGAGGAACCAAGGCCACUGUCUCUCAGCUCCUGUGACCUGCCCAAUGGGGACUGUGCCCUCCCCUCCAGCUCUGCGUCUCCCUCCAGCUCGAGCUCAGCAAAUCCAGAAAUCACCAUCACCCCUGCAGAGCUCAGCCAGACCAGCCCGUGCUCCCGGGGUGAGGGGGAUGAGGGAGAGGAGGACAGCAGCUCAGCAUCUUCCAGGAGCUCCUCGGGAGAAGGCCAGGAGCCCAAGGCCCACCUGCAGGAAGACCCAGCGGAGCCCAGGAGACCCACCAUGGCCACAGCUGCAGGGACUGAGCGCCUGUUCCUUGAGAAUGCAGUGGCCGAGGCCCUUCUGCAGGAGUCCGACGAGGCCUCGGAGCUGAAGCCAGUGGAGCUGGAUACUUCUGAAGGAAAUAUCACAAAACAGCUGGUCAAGAGGCUCACCUCGGCAGAGGCGCCAGUAGCUGCGGAGCAGCUGCUUUCUGAGAACUCUGCCGGUGGGGAGUCCUUCCUGGAGGGCAGCUUAGAGGACGCCCUGAGCGGGCUGUUGCUUGCUCUUGAGCCACACAAGGAGAAGUACAAGGAGUUUCAGGAUCUGAACCAAGAGGUCAUGCAUUUGGAUGAUAUUCUAAAAUGCAAGCCCGUGGCCGGCCGCAGCAGGGCCUCCAGCCUCAGCCUCACGGUGGAGAGCGCUCUCGAAAGCUUUGACUUCCUGAACACCUCCGAUUUUGACGAGGAGGAGGACGGGGAGGAGGCAGGUCUUGGCGGAGGUGCUGACUCGGUCUUCUCGGACACCGAGCCAGAGAGGAACAGUUACAGGUCGGUCCACCCAGAAGCCAGGGGCCACCUGAGUGAAGCUCUGACGGAAGACACGGGCGUCGGGACCAGUGUGGCGGGCAGCCCCCUCCCACUGACCACGGGGAACGAGAGCCUGGACAUCGCCAUUGUGCGGCACCUGCAGCACUGCACCCAGCUGGUCCAGCAAAUUGUUUUCUCCAGCAAAACCCCUUUUGUGGCAAGAAACCUCUUAGAGAAGCUUUCCAGGCAGAUCCAAGUGGUGGAGAGACUCGCGGCCGUCAGCGACGACGAGGCGGGGAGUCUGAGCUCUGUCGUACACGCCAUCCCCGAGUUUCACAAGAAGCUGUCCCUGCUGUCCUUCUGGACCCAGUGCUGCGGGCCGGCCGGUGUCUACCACAGCUCAGCCGACCGGGUGGUCACGCAGCUGGAAGCCAGCUUCGCCAGGACCGUCAACACCGAGUACCCAGGACUUGCGGACCCAGUGUUUCGAACCCUGGUCUCCCAAAUUCUGGACCGAACUGAGCCUCUGGUGUCCACCAGCCUCUCCUCGGAAGUCGUCACGGUUUUCCAGUACCACAGCUACUUCACCAGCCACAGCGUGAGCGACCUGGAGAGCCACCUGUGCCAGCUGGCCAGGCAAGUGUCCAUGGUGCAGACUCUGCAGUCCCUGAGAGACGAGAAGCUGCAGCAGGCCAUGGGUGACCUCGCUCCCAGCAGCCUCCUGGCCCAGCAAGAGGUGCUCCGGACUCUGGCUCUGCUCUUAACCAGGGACGACAGUGACGUCAGUGAGGCCGUGACACUCUACCUGGCAGCGGCCUCCAAGAACGAGCAUUUCAGGGAAAAGGCCCUGCUCUACUACUGUGAAGCACUGACCAAGACCAACCUGCAGCUGCAGAAGGCGGCCUGCCUGGCCCUGCGGAGCCUGGAGGCAACUGAAAGCAUUAAAAUGCUGGUGACGUUGUGUCAGUCUGAUACUGAAGAAAUCAGAAAUGUGGCCUCAGAAACCCUCUUGUCUCUUGGAGAAGACGGGCGGCUGGCUUACGAGCAGCUGGACAAAUUUCCCCGAGACCAGGUGAAAGUUGGAGGUCGUCAUGGAGCUGAAGUGGCCACGGCCUUUUAGCCACCGGUUAGCACUGCCUGACCCGUCCCAACUUCCGGCCCUUUCCACCAAGACGUGCCAGAUGUGGCUGGAAGGCGUAGAGGACAUGAAGACCUCCUGCAACGUGAGACGGACUGAGCCUGGUUCCCAGCCCUGCUCCUCCUUGGGCCACAGGAACAAGGCUGUGCAGAACUCGGCUCCCGUGGUCGACUGUCCGGCAGUGUCAGUGAACCCACCUCAUCUUAACAAGCGUGGGGUCUUAAAACGGCCAUCUCUGUACCUUUUCGGAAGUUGAAUAAGCUGAAAUUGUCCUGUGGUAUCUUGAUGAUACCAUAUGCCUUGCAGCUUUUCUCUGUGGUGUUCUCAGGGCUGAGUGGUCCUUUAGCUACCUAAUUUUACUUUAAAUACAAGCACAAAAAAGAAUUUCUUCAAAUAACGUUUGCCUGCAGAAUGUGGCAAAAUGACCCAUUGUGAGAGUCUAAUUUUUGUAUUUUACUUUUUAAAGUGCUGUCUUUCUUUUUUCCCAUCCUAAAAAUUCCCAAAUCAUGUUCUCAUUACAAUAAAAAGAUAACUAAGUUACUAAUAACUACCUUAGUAAGAUUAUACCCAUACUUUCAGAAACCAAAAUCUCAUUAAGCCUUUUUUUUAUUUAUUUUUUUUUUUGAUGGGACUGAACCCAGAACUACAUCCCUAGCCAUUUUAUGUUUAUAUUGAGACAGGGUCUCACUGAGUUGCCCAGGCUGGCCUCAGACUUGUGAUCCUCCUGCCUCAGCCUCCUGCAUUGCUGACACUGUAGGCAUCGUGCCCCACCGUGCCUGACAGCUUUUUUUUUCUUUUUUCCUAACAAGAGCCAUUUUUUGAUGAGACUCUUCCCAUACAGGUAUUUUGCUGCUAAGACAAAUCAAAACCAGAAGUCAUGGAUUCAGAAAACUGUGAUGCUCUUUCAAGGUGGAAGAACCUGAACUCCUUAAUGGGUUAGGACCAUAGGGACACUAAUAAUCAUUCCUGUGUCUAUAAAAAUCACCACGAAAUUAGAAAGAAGGAUUCCCUGAGGGGUGGAAAGUCCCCAGAAGCCAUUCACCACCAGGUAGCAUCCUUGGCCAAACAGCCUCAAUGGCAGCUCCCACGGUCCUCCACCAGACAGGGCCCACAGCCACUGCUUCUGAAUGACUUUUCUCCCUCCCUGUAAGAGGGGCAGGUGGGGUACGCCAGGGUAUCGGAACAACACCUGUGAAUGUGACUUGAACUGUGGACUGUCAGCAGUACUCUGGACAUGCUUGCAUAAAUCUCACUUGGCUGUCAUUUUAAGUAUUUACAUUUUAGCACGACUUUUUAAAAGAGUUCAUUUCAUUUUAAAGUGAAAAUUAUUUGCCAGGCUUCUGGCAAAAUAGUUCUUUCAACUGUGAAGUUAUAAUGUACAUAUUUGUAUAUUUAUAAAUAUUAUACAUGCAUUCAUCCUUCAUUUUAAAGGCUCAUUGUACAGUCUGUAGUUAGUAGGCAUAGUCUGUAGUCCAUGUUAAAUGACUGAAAUGGUUCUUUCUAUAGAAAAUCAAGUCUCACAUGUUACAGGGUUUCUUGGUUUUGGGUUUUUAAUUUUUUUGAAUAUUGCAUGAGUAAUUAAUUCCACAUCUUUUGUAUUCACCUCUGCAUUUUAUUUUGGGUUAGGGGGUGCUUUUAGUUUUGUGGCAUUUGUAUUCAUCACUCAAUCAUAUAAGUUAAAAUAAAAGUUAUUUUGUAAUGACUA